AUGUCUACAUCACCCAGCCAACACUCUCAAGGAUCUUCUGAUCAAUCACCAAUGAACCUUGGCUCUCCCAUAUCCUCACCCACGGACACGCACUCUGUUGUAUCUGUGCCUUCAAGCAACUCAUCAUCAAGCCUGCAGCGUGCCACUGAUGCCAUCGACAGGGUUGUAGCAAGUUUGGCUAACUUGGCCGAACGCUUGUCAUUGGAUGACAUUACGCCAGAGGAACGUCAAGCUUUGCACCAGGAAUCUCAACAAGCAAGCAAGGAUCUUGAAGCUCUUAAGGGUAUCUAUCGAAAGAUGACCAAGAAGGACAAGAGUAACCACUCCAGCCGCCCUGUUGUACCCCAAGACCUUCCAAUGUUGCAAUGGACUGGAAACGUGCAUGACAAGACGAAACUUAUCUUUGGAUCAGUGGAAGAAUGCUUGAACCGCUUUGAGGAUGUCAUUGUUUCCUACAAUCAAGAUUUGGAUGAAGCAUGGGGUAGAUUGUUGCCACGCAUGUUGUCACCAGAGCAACGCUCUUGGUAUGAUGAUAACCUUCGCCCCUAUACUCAUCUUCCAUGGACAUUCGCACGCAAGACCCUUAUCAAGAAGUAUGGUAUCCAUGAUGGUGAAAGACAAUCUCAAGCCAUGUUUGAUUUGUUGGACAUGUCAAUGAAGAAUGACGAAUCGGUGGAAUAUUACACGGACCGCUUUAACAAGACUCGUCGUGAAGCUGGCUUGGAGGACAACUUGGCAAUUGCAGCUGUAUACACGAAAUCUUUGGUGCCUGACCUCUACAAGCAAGUACGCCUAGCCCAAGUCAAUUUGCCAGUUGAGUUGAGGUCCACUACUGAACAAGCUGCCAACGUUGCACGUGGCCUAUAUGCAACCGUUAUUGGCGCCACCAAGAAGUACCAUGCAACCAACAACAGCAAGACGGCCAACAACAUUCAUGACAAGAACAAGAAGCCUGAGGCCAAGAAGUUUUGCAACUUGCACAAGAAAGGCAACCAUACUACAAGUGAAUGUAGAACUUUAGCUCGGGAACUAGGAAACAAGGUUUCGAAGCGCGACAACUCUACCAAGUCGCACGAGCAAAAGCGUUGCUUCAAGUGCAACGAGUCAUGGCUCCCAGGUCAUGUUUGCAAGUGCAAGUUGGCUAUUCGCUCAGCUCAUUUCUCUGGAGACCACCACGUUUCCAAUAUUGCCUUGGAUCAUACAUCCGAGCAAAACUUGAUUGAUUUAAAUGACGACAUCAACAAUGACGUUGAUAUGCAGGACGCGGAACAUCCGUGCACCCAAUGUAAGUUUAUUCGCAUGGCAUCCCAUGCUACAGCAUCUUCUACAGAUCUUACUCACACCAUCUACGUGCCAAUCAUUAUACAGGAGCACAAGGUCUGGGCCAUUGUCGAUACUGGUGCCACCCUUUCUUCCAUCACUCCUUCUUUAUCAACCAAAUUAUCAGUACCCAUCAUCCCAUCUUCAGGUCAUAUUGACUUGGCUGCAUCUGGGGUCUCUGUUCCCCGCACUGGCACAACCCCUCAAAUAAAAUGUACUUACGAUGGCAAACCUUUUAUUCAUGCUUUUGAAGUUUUUCCUAUUAACGCUGACGCUGAUGUAUCCAUUGGCACUGAUCUCAUGUCUAAACUUGGGAUUUCUAUUCAAGGACUUGCUACGUCAUGGGAACGUCCUUCACCACCUUUUGCUCUUGAUUCAAACAUCGAGAUGGAUAAGCCCAACGAUUCUCCCGCUGGCACCACUAUUGAGCACAAUGAGCUUCUUCACGCCAUUCAACCCGCUCUUAGAAAAAAUGCACAAAUACCUGUUACUUCUUUUUGCACCAUGCCUGAGUCCGUGGUUUACCUUAACACUGGUGCUGCACCACCUGUUUAUCGUCCUCAGUAUCCACUUGCUGAACAUCUUUUACCUGUCCUUGAGGAGCAAAUCCAAAAAUGGCUUGCUGACGGUGUUAUCAUUCCUGCACCACCUCGUAACGGAUGGAAUAGUCCUUUGACGGUCGCUCCUAAAAAAGACGCACAGGGUAAUCCUACCAAUUUUCGCCCUUGUCUUGAUCCGCGACAUAUCAACAACCUCUUACCUGAACAUCGUUAUCCCUUACCUCACAUCGAGCAAAUCUUUCACGCACUUACCGGUGCCACUGUUUUCACCACGCUUGAUCUCAAGAGUGCAUUUCAUCGCUUCAAGAUCCAUGAGCCUGAUCAACACAAAACCACAUUUACCUUUCGCAAUAGACCUUAUUGCUUCCAAGCAUGCCCCUUUGGUCUUAAGCAUAUCAGCGCGGUCUUUCAGAAAUGCAUGCACACUCUUCUUGAUGAUUUACCUUUUGUUGCUACUUUUGUUGAUGAUGUGGUUAUCUUUUCCAAAUCCAUGGCUGAGCACCGUGAACAUGUCAUCACUGUUAUUCAACGCCUCACCGAUGUUAAUCUUAUCUUGAACGCCGACAAGUGUCAUUUUGCUCAAAAGUCCAUUUACUUGCUUGGAUUUUGCAUUGAUGCUAAUGGUCGUCGCCCUGAUCCUCGCAAGUUGGUCAACUUUGAUGAGUGGCCUAUUCCUAAAACAGGAAAAGACAUUCAGCGUUUC